CGUCAAACCCGGAAGUGAAUCAACGUAUGCUGUGGCAGGUGGGCUCCUACCAGCUAUGUGUCUAAACUAGGUAGUGAAAUGAAAACAACCAGAAGUGAAACUUGAGAUGCCAUCAAGACAACAUUGUGAGGAAUAAAUCAGCCUAAAUUGAACAAAUGUGCCGGGAAACGCUGGUUUCCGGCUCUGACGUUAAGUAGACGAUGCACUACCGCAUCUGUGUUUUUCUGUUGGGUCUGUACUCUUGUGGAUGUCUCCCAUGGGUGUCUGCGUGUUCACAAGAGCCAGAGACUCCAGACUGGAGGAUGACUCUGAAAACGAUCCGGAACGGAAUACACAAGAUUGACACGUACCUGAACGCAGCACUGGACUUAUUUGGUGGCGAUGACGGGCUGUGCCAUUAUAAGUGUGCAGAUGGUUACAAGCCGGAACCUCGUCCCGCAUACAAGCAACCACCACCCAACGGAUGUGGCUCCCCGCUGUUCGGAUUUCAGUUUGACAUAGGCAUCCCGUCCAUGACCAAAUGUUGUAACCAACAUGACCGCUGCUACGACACCUGCGGCAGCGAGAAGCACGACUGCGACGAGCAGUUCCAGGACUGUCUCGAGACCAUCUGCAGGAAUGUGCAAAGGACUCUGGGAUUGGCCCAAAGUGUCCAAGCCUGUGAGUCAGCUGUGACUCUGCUGUUUGACGCUGUGAUGCACUUGGGAUGUAAGCCAUACCUGGACAGCCAGAGGGAGUCUUGUGUGUGUCAGUAUGAAGUGAAGCGGGAACUGUGACACCACGACAGGAUCAAGACUGUGGAACGGACUGAUUCAAACACACAGCACUGACAGAAGGAUACGAGCAAUACACUUUUUCCCUCCGAUCUUUUCAGGGAUAGAGUUUCUUGGGCCUGCACUGACUUGUGUCCAUCGCCUCCCUUUUUCUUGGAGUCUUGAAUUGUAGACGUCUGUUAGGCAAAGUGAAUGUGAAAACACCUAGUGGACAGUUAAUAUCUUCUCUGAUGCAGUUAAUUAUUUAUAUUUUGUUCAUGCUGUGUAAUGUGUUUGUCCUGUGAUAGACUAGAAACAUGGUGUUCAGGGUUAGCCUGGCUUUUGGCUACACUUUAUUUUAUGGGUUUGUUAAUUUAAAAUAAUUCCCAGAACGGUUGUGGGGGGGGGGGAAAAACUAAAUGAUGUUAUUUGGCAUUGAUUAUGAGAAAUGCAACUUUUAAACUAUGCACAACGACUAAACUGACUAAAUGAACCUGUC